UAUGACCACCAAGCCAAGAAGACCAUUCCCCACUCUCUCUCUCUCUCUCUCUGAAUAAUUUUUCAAUAAAUUAGCCGCAUUCUCUUACCAAUAUCCUCUGAACAAAAACUCUUUACUUCCCAGAUUUGAUCAUUAACUUCUUCUUCUUCUUCUUCUUCUUCUUCUUCUUCUUCUUCUUCUUAACAUGGAAGAUAUUGAUGUUCCUCAGUAUUUUGUCUGCCCAAUAUCUCUCCAAAUCAUGAAAGACCCUGUAACAGCCAUUACUGGAAUCACAUAUGAUCGCGAGAGCAUCGAGCAUUGGCUAUUCACCAGCAAGAACACAAUCUGUCCUGUCACUAAACAACCAUUGUCUGAAGAUUCUGAUUUAACCCCUAAUCACACUUUGCGCAGAUUAAUUCAGGCUUGGUGUGUUGAGAAUGCUUCCAGCGGUGUUGACAGGAUUCCUACUCCUAAACCUUGUCUCGACAAGUUUUAUUUCCUUAAGCUUGUUAAACAUCUUUCCCAUCCUCAGCUGCAAAUGAAAACUAUUAGAGAGUUGGAACUGCUCGCUGUUGGGAGCGAAAGGAAUAGGAAGCACAUGGCGGAAGCUGGGGUGCCUAAAACCUUGUUGCAGUUUAUAAUAACACGUUUCAAGCAAGGCCGGAUAAUUGAUGGCCUACAAGAAGCGCUUAGUAUUCUUCGGUUGAUUCGAAUUCCUUCUAGGGAAUCCAAGGUUUUUCUCAUCGAAAACCAUCUAAUCAUCGAAUCUUUGACAUGGAUUUUAGGGUUCAACAUCGAUAAUCAUGUUACACUUAAAUCUAACGCAGUUUCUGUACUGAAGAUGCUGUUUGAGGAAGCGAGUUCUAGUGUACUAGAAAGGCUAAAAUCUGAAUUUUUCAAUAGGAUUGUUGGUGUCAUAAGAGAGAAAAUCACUCAACAAGGAAUUAACGCUGCUUUAAAAGUAUUGUUAGAUGCUUGUCCUUGGGGAAGAAAUAGGGUAAUGAUUGUGGAAUCUGGUGCAGUUUUCGAGCUGAUCGAGCUUGAAUGGAGAUCACCAGAGAAGAAAACCACGGAGAUGAUAUUCGGCAUACUAUUUCAUCUAUGUUCUUGUGCUGAUGGAAGAGCACAGUUCUUGAGACACAGAGGUGGAAUUGCUGUGGUUGCAAAGAGGAUCUUGAACGUGUCUCCAGCAGCUGAUGAUCGAGCUGUUUUGAUCCUUGCAUUGAUAAGCAAGUUCUCAGGAACAAGCAUGGUGCUCCAAGAAAUGUUGAACGUUAAAGCUGUGUCAAAGCUUUUUAUGAUAAUCCAAGCUGAUUGUUCACCUUAUUUGAAGGAAAAAGCCAGGGAAAUCCUUAGAUCACAUUCUGAGCAGUGGAAGAACUCUCCUUGCUUUGAUAAUGCUUACACUCUCUUGUCAAGGUAACUAAAACUUAAUUUCUCUGUACAUUUUUUUUUUCAUCCCUCUUCCGGCAGCCGGCCGCGUGCACUGGUUAACCUCGUAUUCUAAAGAUUUGAGCAAAUCUAGCUACUAAAUUAUAAUAAUGUUUAAUUAGGACACCCAAAUGGUAUCGAUUGAGAUGAAGAUCACUAAUAAACUCAAACGUCUCAAACUUGAUCAUUUGAGUUUAUUCUGCGGCCUUGAAGGAUCAAUAUAUAUAGCGUUUAUGAUUUCUGGUUGGUCUUUGAUUUUGGAUUCAUUUUUUCUUUUUUACUCCAUGUUUUCAUAUUUAAUUUAUAAAAUAUGUAAUUUUUCACUGCUCUUUCAUAUUAUUUUACUUUAAAAAUUUUAUUUCAUUUCA